AUGGUACCAACAUCCCAUCUUCCUCUAUUCGGCGGAGUCCGAGCCUGGUCCCAAAACGACUGGACCUCCUCCGACGACCGCGUCCGUGGCGGCUCCUCUCAGUCCGAAUUGGCCUGCUCCGCAUCUUCACUGAUCGCUAAAUUCCACGGAACCCUCGAUAUCAAGACUCUCGGCGGUGCCGGCUUCGCUUCGCAACGCACACGAGGCGAAGACCGAACAUGGAAUCUCUCCGCGUACGAUGGCAUCGAACUUGUCAUCGACAGUGCAGACGAUAAGCUGUACACGCUUACAUUGAAGGAUGAGAUUCUUCCUAAGCGUUCUGAUGGCCGCGAGCAAAGCACAGUCAGUUGGGAGUUUGAUUUCCGGGCUGAGGGGCGUCGCACGGUUUUCGUGAAGUGGAGCGAUUUUAGGGCGACGUAUCGUGGGAAGAAUAAGGAUGAUGCUGAGCCGUUGGAUUUGAAAAAUGUUAAGAGAUUUGGUAUUAUGAUUCGGAGCUUCUUCGGAGACCAGGAAGGCGCUUUCUCCCUCAAUAUUGUCUCUAUUGCGGCACUGCGGACGGAGAGAUACCUUGAUGAGCCGGAUGAUGAGUAUAUCGAUGAUUUCCUAUAUGAAAAAUCAGCUGCCGAGGGACCUUCUUCGGGGCAGACCGGAGGACGUCAAGGCUGGCUCAGCUGGUUGACUUCGUGCCUUCGCUAA